AGAAAUCAAUCUAUCAAAACCCAGACAACUAGACAAGUAGAAGAAGAACCCUUUCUCCAAGGUCUUCUCAAAUCCUCUCUCUUCUCUCUCUCUAUCUAUUCUCCGAUUACCCAACCACCGUCUCCUCCGUCGCGAAUCGAUAAACGCGGUUAGGUUUUUAUAGCCGUCGUCGUUGUUCCCCAGUCUCCUCCGGUUAAUUGAUUAUUUCAAUUUCCCUGAUCGAUGACAUUGUGCAAGCGUUUGGCUCUAUUAGGAGCUCAAUCCGCGAUUUCUCUUGCUAAACCUCGAGGUCUCGGCUCCUCACUCGGAUUGAUCGAUCGUCGUCCCUUCCCGUACCGUUCAUUUUCAGAACUCACCAAAGCUAAUGGGAGACGUGCCUUUCUCGUUGAUACAUUGGCUCUGGUGAGGAGUCUUGAAGCUCAAGGUGUUCCAUCAAAACAAGCUGAGGCGAUAACUUCUGCUAUUACUGAGGUUUUGAAUGACAGCUUGGAAAAUGUCUCUGAGUCUUUUGUGUCGAAAGCAGAAAUGCAGAAGAUUGAAAUGAUUCAAGAUUCGAAUCUGUCCAAAUUUAAAUCUGAAGUAAAAAGUUCUCAGGAGCAUCAUUUUACUGUAUUGCAACGUGAGACAGAAAAAUUGAGAGGCGAUAUAGAGAAGAUGCGAAGUGAGCUAAGGUACGAAAUUGAUAAGGUCACAGCUGGACAACGAUUGGAUUUGAAUCUUGAAAGAGGUCGAAUACGUGACGAGCUAGCUAAUCAGAAUACCGAAACAACAAACCUCACAAACAAGCUUGACAGGGAGAUUCAUGCGUUGAGAGCUCAAUUAGAAGCUUCAAAAUACGAGGUCAUCAAAUAUUGCAUAGGUACACUUGUGUCGAUAUCAGCAGUGGGACUUGCCGUUCUUCGUAUCAUGAUUUAGGACGAUCCCAAACACUCAACACACUGCUCUGUGCUUACUACAGCCUUAAAACCAUAUUGGGAACUUGUCAUUUUUUUUACUUGGAAACCCACCAAUAUGCCUUAUUAUUAUUUCUAACGAUCAGAGAAUAUUAUUGUUUCUGUGAUCUAGUUUACCAUCAUCCUUAUUGAGAAUUAUGUCAAUCCAAGGAGUAUUGGGUUCUUCCAUUUGCAUCAUUAGUUUGAAACUUCUAAUA